AGGCGGGGCAGCGCGGCCACGGGGUGGCGGCCAUUUUGAGUCCUCUUCGCGGUCCCUGGCGUGCAUGAGAGAAUGCGAACGUGAUCGAGCGACCCGCCCUCCUUCUUCCCGAAGCCGGACUGUCAGUUAAGGCCACAGUCCACGCCGCUGGACAGCAGGAGCUUCAGGGAGACCCUAUUCGGGGUGUCAAGCCCGAGAGACCGAGUCAAAGAUUAUGCGUUUGCACAACCCAGGGACCUGAGGAGGAAGCACUGAAAACCAUUAACAAGAUGGAUCUUGCUGACUUCAGGGGGAAGAAGAUUAGCGCUCUGCCAUCCAAAGCGAGCACCAAGCCACAAUCUGCCAGCGGUGUGGUGGAAAGUUGCCAGCGGUGUGGAAGACCAAACCACCAGGCCGCAGAAUGCACUUGGGCACCGGGUGAUUCCCUAGUUAGGUAUGGCCAGCAAACGCCAUGUUAUCCUCGCUGUCCCCCGGACUAUGGACGUGACAAGGCUACCAAGCACUAUGUCGAUUAUUAUGAGCAGCUCUGCCCCAAAACUCUGCCUCGCUCUCAGCCUGUAUCCACCCACUGCAUGUAUGGGGGCAGCCAGUUCCAGCGCCAAUUCACACCGAUUCUCACCAAAAGCAGCUCCCUGUACCAUCGUGUCCGCCUUCCUCGAACUCCUGCGUCAAAGCUGGAAAACAGGAAACCCAUAAAGAGGAAAAUGCCGCAGGAUAAAACUACCCCUGCCAAAAGGGCCAAAUCUGGUUUGUUAAACACCCCCGCCCUGGGAGAAAAUGCCCAAUCCGGCCUGUUAAAUACUCCCGGCCUGGGAAUGAGUGCACGGUCUGGCUUGUUAAAUACUCCUGCUCUGGGAAUGGGUGCACAGUCCGGCCUGUUAAAUACUCCUGCUCUGGGAAUGGGUGCACAGUCCGGCCUGUUAAAUACUCCUGCUCUGGGAAUGGGUGCACAGUCCGGCCUGUUAAAUACUCCUGCUCUGGGAAUGGGUGCACAGUCCGGCCUGUUAAAUACUCCUGCUCUGGGAGUGGGUGCACAGUCCGGCCUGUUAAAUACUCCUGCUCUGGGAGUGGGUGCACAGUCCGGCCUGUUAAAUACUCCUGCUCUGGGAAUGGGUGCACAGUCCGGCCUGUUAAAUACUCCCGCUCUGGGAAUGGGUGCACAGUCCGGCCUGUUAAAUACUCCCGCUCUGGGAAUGGGUGCACAGUCCGGCCUGUUAAAUACUCCCACUCUGGGAAUGAGUGCCCGAUCCGGCUUGUUAAAUACCCCCACUCUGGGAGAGAGUACCCAAUCCGGCUUGUUAAAUACCCCCGCCCUGGGAAUGAGUGCACGGUCCGGCCGGUUAAAUACCCCCGCUCUCAAAAUGGGUGCACAGUCCAGCCUGUUAAAUACCCCUACUCUGAGAAUGAGUGCCCGAUCUGGCUUGUUUAAUACCCCUGUUCUGGGAGAGAGUACCCAAUCUGGCCUGUUAAAUACCCCUGCUGUGGGCAUGAGUGCAAAGUCCGGCCUGUUAAAUACCCCUGCUCCGCGAAUGAGUGCACAGUCCGGCCUGUUAAAUACCCCUGCUCUGGGAAUGGGUGCACUGUCUGGCCUGUUAGAUACCCCUGCUCUGGGAGAGAGUGCCCGAUCCAGCAUGUUUAAUACCCCCGCUCUGCGAAUGAGUGGACAAUCUGGCCUGUUAAAUACCCCUGCUCUGGGAGAGAGUGCCCGAUCUAGCAUGUUUAAUACCCCCGCUCUGCGAAUGAGUGCACAAUCUGGCCUGUUAAAUACCCCCGCUCUGGGAGAGAGUGCCCGAUCCAGCAUGUUUAAUACCCCCGCUCUGCGAAUGAGUGCACAAUCUGGCCUGUUAAAUAACCCCGCUCUGGGAGAGAGUGCCCGAUCCAGCAUGUUUAAUACCCCUGCUCUGCGAAUGAGUGCACAAUCUGGCCUGUUAAAUACCCCCGCUCUGGGAGAGAGUGCCCGAUCCAGCAUGUUUAAUACCCCCACUCUGCGAAUGAGUGCACACUCUGGCCUGUUAAAUACCCCCACUCUUAGAGAGCGUGCUCGAUCCGGCUUGUUAAAAACUCGCAGCCCGGGAACACGUGCCCGUUCCAGCCCGUUGAUAUCACCCGCCCCUGGAACGAGAGCCCGAUCAGGUUUGUUAAAAACAUCCAGCCCUGGAACGAGAGCCCGAUCAGGCUCAUUAAAAACACCCGUCCCUGGAAUGAAAGCCCAAUCAGGCUCAUUAAAAACACCUGCCUCGGGAACUAAUGCCCAAUCAGGCUCAUUAAAAACACCCAGCCCGGGAACUAAUGCCCAAUCAGGCUCAUUAAAAACACCCAGCCCGGGAACUAAUGCCCAAUCAGGCUCAUUAAAAACACCCACCUUGGGAACUAAUGCCCAAUCAGGCACAUUAAAAACACCCACCUCGGGAACUAAUGCCCAAACAGGCUCAUUAAAAACACCCACCUCGGGAACUAAUGCCCAAUCAGGCGCAUUAAAAACACCCACCUCGGGAACUAAUGCCCAAUCAGGCGCAUUAAAAACACCCACCUCGGGAACUAAUGCCCAAUCAGGUUCAUUAAAAACACCCACCUCGGGAACUAAUGCCCAAUCAGGUUCAUUAAAAACACCCACCUCGGGAACUAAUGCCCAAUCAGGCGCAUUAAAAACACCCACCUCGGGAACUAAUGCCCAAUCAGGCUCGUUAAAAACAUCCAGCCCUGGAACAAGUGCCCAAUCAGGUGCAUUAAAAACAUCCGCCUCGGGAACUAAUGCCCAAUCAGGCUCAUUAAAAACACCCACCUCGGGAACUAAUGCCCAAUCAGGCUCAUUAAAAACACCCAGCCCGGGAACGAAUGCCCAAUCAGGCUCAUUAAAAACACCCAGCCCGGGAACGAAUGCCCAAUCAGGCUCAUUAAAAACACCCAGCCCGGGAACGAAUGCCCAAUCAGGCUCAUUAAAAAUACCCACCUCGGGAACUAAUGCCCAAUCAGGCUCGUUAAAAACAUCCAGCCCUGGAAAAAGUGUCCAAUCAGGCUCAUUAAAAACACCCAGCCCGGGAACGAAUGCCCAAUCAGGCUCGUUAAAAACACCCAGCCCGGGAACGAAUGCCCAAUCAGGCUCGUUAAAAACACCCAGCCCGGGAACGAAUGCCCAAUCAGGCUCGUUAAAAACACCCAGCCCGGGAACAAAUGCCCAAUCAGGCGCAUUAAAAACACCCAGCCCUGGAAUGAGAGCCCAAUCAGGCUCGUUAAAAACACCCAGCCCUGGAAUGAGAGCCCGAUCAGGCGCAUUAAAAACACCCGGCCCUGGAAUGAGAGCCCAAUCAGGCUCGUUAAAAACACUCACCCCAAGAAUGAGUGCCCAACUCGGCCUGUUAAAAACACCGGCCCCAGGAAUGCGUGCCCAACCCGGCCUGUUAAAAACGCCCAACCUGAGAACGAAUGCACAGUCCGGCCUGUUAAAUAUCCCCGCUCUGGGAAUGAGUGCCCGAAACGGCCUGUUAAGUACCCCCACCCUGAGAAUGGGUGCCCAACCCGCACUGCUAAAUACCCCCACCCCGAGAGGUAGUCCCCAGCCUGGCCUGUUAAAAACACCCACCCCGGGAAUGAAUGUUCAGUUUGGUCUGAGACACACACCUCCUGUCUUGGCCACUGCUCGGCUGAAGGCGAACGUUAAAGCGCGCUCGCCAUAUCCUGCCCCACGUCACUAUGUCCCUCCAAAGCAAGAUGCCAGUUCCUGUCCCUCUGUGGUGUAAAACUAACCCUCAUUAGCAGUGCCCCAACACUUCUUUCCAGAAUUAUGUGUUAGAGUUUGUGCCAUCACUUUAUCACAUCCAGAUAUGCUAACGUUGACAUACAACACGAGGACUGACCCCGGUUAGAAAUGUAGAUUGGUUUCCAACCACCCUGUCCCCACUUCAUCUCAGUAACGUCCGCGCGCCUCUCUGUCUUAUUUCCUCGCUCCUUUCUCUUGCUGUCUCUCUUUCGUGCAGCACGACACCCAUCGCUGUCAAGGCCCCUGUGCCAUGAGCUUAACAGGGAAAGGCACUGCCACACGUGCCAAAAAACCCGGUGACGGCGAGCGCCACUCCUGUGCACACAGCUCCCCCGUCCGCUCCUUCUCCAGUGUUCCCCCAGUGAACCAUUUUCCCUUCGUCCCCGCUUCGUCGUGCAGUUUAGCUCGAUCUCAAACUCUGGUCUGCCUUUUGAGGUCGCCCGCCGGACCCUUGCCUCAAAAGGGCCACUGUCACAGCUAAUUCUACCUACAAUGAGAUCAGAUUUACACGGUGCCCUUAAAGCACCAGACCAAUGGCAUCUCAAUUAUUCAACUGCGUACAAAACCUUGGUGAAAUCAAUUAAAAAUUACAAUACUUACCUCUAAGGAAGGAGUAUUCUUAUCCUCUUAAUUUCCAGCGACUAUCAGCUUAACAUAAAGUCCCCUUUUGUUGAAUGCAGAAACAAUAAGCCCAAAUUUACAUAAAAACAAAAGCGCUCAUCGAAUUAAAUUAAAUGCUUUUGGCCGUGUCUACCAAGCUCGACUGUACACAAUUCCCAUUGUUUUCCACUGGUUAGUUGGCCCCCCCUCCGCCCCCCUGCAUAAUUUUGAGCUCGGAAGUUAACCGUCUGAAAGUUCGAGGAAGUCAAGAACGACGUGCUUGAUUCCUCCCCAUCCGUUCCAGCAAACUCAAACCCGGGCGCUGUUGUUCCGCGGCAUCCAUAUCGAAAGCACCGCGUGCGCUCCCAAGGAUCUUGCCGUUGGUCAGAGGCCGCCCCGGCCCUUUCCGAAACGAGCUGCAGUCGGCGGCUAUGACCGGGAUCUGAUCGGCCCAUUCCAGCCUGCCGUUGAACUCUGACUGACCCGAGGCUGGGUUUACUCGACGACAUUAGACUUUCGGGCUUUAGUUGAUGCGUUGCCACUUUACCCAUAGAGCAGUUAAUUCCGUGUUACCUGGUUUAAUGCUCCUGUUCUUGUAAAAUGGCAUCAGAUUCAAUUUGUUUGAACCAUAUCUUAAAAUAUUUGUUGGG